CUCAACUUUCCCCAAUUCCGACAAUCCAGUCGGCCGAAGGCACAGCGUAGUAGUAGAAAGUAGAAGGUCGUCUCACGUCUCUCUUCCGAAAACCACGUCGCUAGCCUGGAAAACCUCUCUCAAAGAAGUGUGAAGAGUCAGACCUGCGUCUCAUCCUUUGCGAAAACUCCCCCACUGGGAUAAAGAGGUGAAAAUGACCCAGAUUGAGCUCGCCCCCCCAACCCCGGCGGUUGCUGCUGAUGAUGUGACAACGACAACGACGGCGACUGUCACCGCAACAGCACAGCAGACCUUGGUUCCGCCGACCGCAGCUCCCCCACCCAACGCAAAAGAGCCUGUUACCGCCACUCUGCUGCUCAACGAUGGCACCGCGUUUCAAGGAUACUCUUUCGGAGCUGAGAAGCAGUCGGUCGCAGGAGAGUGUGUCUUCCAAACAGGGAUGGUCGGUUAUCCGGAAUCCGUGACGGACCCUUCCUACCGAGGACAGAUUCUUGUGUUGACCUUCCCACUCGUCGGAAACUACGGAGUCCCCUCGCGCACCGUUGUUGAUGCUCAUUUGAACAAUUUGCAAAAGUACUUUGAAUCCACCGAGAUUCACGUCGCGGCGUUGAUUGUCGCCCACUAUUCAUACGACUACUCUCACUACUUGGCACAAUCCUCCCUUUCCGAAUGGUUGAAGGAAAACAACGUGCCCGCUCUUUACGCCAUCGACACUCGCGCGUUGACAAAGAAGAUCCGCACAAAGGGUGCCCUGCUCGGCAAAGUCCUCUUCCCUAAAAGUCUCGUCGGCGAAGGCGAAAAGCCUGACGCCGAAGAAGCCGCGCGUUUUCCUUGGAUCAAAGAUUUCUCCGAUCUUGCGUGGCACGACCCCAACACCCGUAACCUCGUCGCUGAGGUCUCGCGCAAGCAGCCUGUCGUUUACACUCCUCCUUCGGACCAAGCCAACAUCGUCAGAAAGAAGAACGGAAAGAUUCUCCGCGUGCUUGCCGUUGACGUCGGGCUGAAAAACAACCAGAUCCGAUGCUUUAUCAAGCGAGGUGUGGAAGUCAAAGUCGUUCCCUGGGACUACGACUUUAUCUCUGGCGACCGUGACUUUGACGGUAUCUUCAUCAGCAACGGGCCUGGUGAUCCGGUCACGCUGAAGCCAACCAUUGAGCGCCUGGCUCAGCAAAUGAAGUUGGCCGAUAAGCCCAUGUUUGGUAUCUGUCUCGGACACCAGUUGAUCGCCCUGGCCAGCGGCGCGACCACCAAGAAAAUGAAGUACGGAAACCGUGGACACAACAUCCCUUGCACAAACAAGCAGACCGGUCGCUGCUACAUCACAUCUCAGAACCACGGUUACUGUGUCGAUGUCGCGACACUAACCCCCGGAUGGGUCGAAUACUUUGUAAACGCCAACGACGGCUCGAACGAAGGAAUCACCCACGAGACUCUACCCUACUUCAGCGUACAGUUCCACCCCGAAUCCACUCCUGGUCCCUGGGACACGGAAUACCUGUUCGACAGAUUCAUCAAGUCUGCCGAGGACUGCGCAAACGCCGGAAAGCUCCUCCCCUUGCCUGCCGAACCCAAGCCCCCGGCAGCUAUCAGACAACGACCGCGAAAGGUCCUGAUUCUCGGCUCAGGCGGUUUGUCGAUCGGACAAGCCGGUGAAUUCGACUACUCCGGUUCCCAGGCCAUCAAGGCGCUGAAGGAAGAGGGCAUCUACACGAUUUUGAUCAACCCCAACAUCGCCACCAUUCAGACCUCGCAAGGUCUUGCGGAUAAGGUUUAUUUCUUGCCUGUGACCCCAGACUUUGUCCGCAAGGUCAUCAAGCACGAGAAGCCUGACGGUAUAUACUGCACGUUCGGUGGACAGACAGCGCUGAACGUUGGUGUGAAGCUGAAGGAUGAGUUUGAGGAGCUUGGAGUUACUGUUCUUGGUACGCCUAUCAGCACCAUUGAGGUUACUGAAGACCGUGACCUGUUCGCCCAAACUAUGGCGGAGAUUGGGGAGAAGUGCGCCAAGAGUGAAAGUGCCAAUACCAUCGAGGAAGCCAUGGCUGCCGGAACGCGCAUCGGGUUCCCUCUGAUCAUCCGUGCAGCGUACGCACUCGGCGGUCUAGGCUCCGGCUUCGCAGACAACGAGCAAGAACUGCUCGCCCUCUGCACAAAAGCCUUCGCCACCUCCCCCCAAGUGCUCGUAGAGCGCUCCAUGAAAGGAUGGAAGGAGAUCGAGUACGAGGUUGUCCGUGACGCGAGCGACAACUGCAUCACGGUCUGCAACAUGGAGAACUUUGAUCCGCUCGGAAUCCACACCGGAGACUCCAUCGUCGUUGCGCCCUCCCAGACGCUGUCCGACGAGGAUUACAUGAUGCUCAGGCGGACGGCCGUCAAUGUCAUUCGUCAUUUGGGUGUCAUUGGGGAAUGUAACAUCCAGUACGCGCUCAACCCGGUGUCGAAGGAGUACUGCAUCAUCGAGGUGAACGCGCGUUUGUCGAGGAGUUCCGCGCUCGCUAGUAAGGCUACGGGUUACCCACUGGCGUUCGUCGCUGCUAAACUUGGGCUCGGGAUCCCGCUUACGGAAGUCAAGAACAGCGUCACGAAGAAGACCAUUGCGUGCUUUGAGCCGUCAUUGGACUAUGUUGUGGUCAAGAUCCCGCGAUGGGAUUUGAAGAAGUUCAACCGUGUCAGCACGAAAGUCGGAAGCGCCAUGAAGAGUGUGGGCGAGGUCAUGGCCAUCGGCCGGAACUUUGAAGAGACGAUCCAGAAAGCUAUCCGGUCCGUUGACUAUGCACUGGCCGGUUUCGCCGAGAACGAUAUUGUGCACGCCGAUCUGGACGAGGAAUUGCGGCACCCGUCUGACCAGCGCUUGUUUGCCGUCGCGAAGGCUCUGCACAGUGGGUAUAGCGUUGACCAGAUCUGGAAGCUUACCAACAUCGACAAGUGGUUCUUGAACAAGCUGAAGGGGAUUGUCGACCUCGACAAGCAUAUGGCCACUUUGACACCCAGCACCGUGACGCCGUCCCUGAUCAAGUUCGCCAAGCAGACGGGGUUCUCUGACCGUCAGAUCGCCGAUGCGAUCGGCACCACAGAGUUGGGGGUGCGAAAGAUCAGGACGGACUGGGGCAUCACCCCGUUCGUCAAGCAGAUCGACACGGUCGCCGCCGAGUUCCCUUGCUACACGAACUACCUGUACAUGACGUACAACGCCGCCGAGCACGAUGUGAGUUUCGAAGACAAGGGCGUCAUGGUCCUCGGAUCCGGAGUCUACCGCAUCGGGAGCAGUGUCGAAUUUGACUGGUGCGCCGUGCGUUGUAUCCGCACCCUCCGCGAGUACGGGAUCAAGACCAUCAUGGUCAACUACAACCCCGAGACGGUGUCCACGGACUACGACGAGGCCGACAGGCUCUACUUUGAGACCCUGACCCUCGAGCGUGUGCUGGAUAUCUACCAGAUCGAGACCGCCAACGGAGUCGUCGUCUCCAUGGGCGGGCAGUCUCCCAACAACAUCGCCUUACCUUUACACCGCAUGAACGUCAACAUCCUCGGAACCAGCCCGGAGAUGAUCGACAGCGCAGAGAACCGGUACAAGUUCUCUCGGCUCUUGGACAAGAUCGGCGUCGACCAGCCGCUGUGGAAGGAACUGACUUCCAUCGACGAAGCGACGCAGUUCUGUGAGAAGGUCGGAUUCCCUGUGCUUGUCAGGCCGUCGUACGUCCUCUCGGGGGCGGCGAUGAACGUCGUGUACUCCCUGAACGAUCUGAGGAGCUACCUCGACCUCGCCGUGCAAGUCUCGCGCGACUACCCCGUCGUCAUCUCCAAGUUCAUUGAAGAGGCCAAGGAGAUCGAGAUGGACGCUGUUGCGCAUAACGGGAAGCUUAUCAUGCACGUCAUAUCCGAGCACGUUGAGAACGCCGGUGUGCACUCUGGUGAUGCCACACUGGUCUUGCCGCCCCAGGAUCUGGACCCGGAAACGGUCCGCAAGAUUGUGGACGCAACGCGCAAGAUCGGACAAGCUUUGAACGUCACGGGACCGUACAACAUCCAGUUCAUUGCAAAGAACAACGAGAUCAAGGUUAUUGAGUGUAAUGUCCGUGCGUCGCGGUCGUUCCCGUUCUGCUCAAAAGUGCUCGGCGUCGACUUGAUUGAGCUCGCUACCAAGGCGAUGACGGGACAGACUUAUGAAGCGUACCCACCCGUCGAGACCCGCAGCGAUUAUGUGGCUAUCAAGGUGCCCCAGUUCAGUUUCUCGCGGUUGGCGGGCGCUGACCCCAUCUUGGGUGUCGAGAUGGCGUCUACUGGCGAAGUCGCUUGUUUCGGACGUGACAAGUACGAGGCGUACAUGAAGGCUCUGCUGGCCACCGGGUUCACCGUCCCCAAGAAGAACGUCCUGAUCUCUAUUGGGAGUUUCAAGGAGAAGUUGGAGUUCUUGCCGUCAGUGCAGAAACUGCAUCAGUUGGGAUACAACCUCUUUGCGACCACCGGUACCGCCGAUUUCAUCCAGGAGCACGGGAUUCCCGUGCAGUACCUCGAAGCGCUGGACGACUCCACCGCACACCUCCCGCAACAGAAGCUGGAAUACAGUUUAACCCAGCACCUGGCCAACAACCUCAUCGACCUGUACAUCAACCUCCCGUCCAAGAACCGCUUCCGUCGUCCCGCCAGCUACAUGAGUCGCGGGUACCGGUCCCGCCGUAUGGCCGUCGACUUUGCGGUGCCGCUCAUCACGAACGUUAAAUGCGCAAAACUCUUCAUCGAAGCCCUUGGCAGGUGGAGCGGGAUCGACGAGUUCCAGGUCAGCGAGAUCGACUACCAGACCAGUUUCCGCACCGUUCGUCUCCCCGGUUUGAUCAACGUCAGGAGCCUGCUGGAUGUCGAAGGGGCGGGCGACCUGAGCUCCAUCACCAAGGACGCCGUCAGCGGCGGGUUCACCAUGGUCUGCGGUGUCGGCGAGCAGAGCAGCGUGAAGAAGGGUACACGCGCGCACUGCGAUUACGCCGUCUCCACCAUCGCCACCUCCGCCAACGUCAACAAGAUCCAGCUGGGGACCAACACCUCCAUGAGUCUGUACAUUGGGCUCGGGAAAGGCCGGUUGGAGAAACUGACCGAUUUGGCGGCCCAUCUGCAUAACUGGCCCCGUGAUAGCCCGAUUGUUGCGUGUGCUAAGGAAACGGAUCUUGCGUCUGUGCUCUUCCUUGCUAACUUGCACAGCCGGCCUAUCCAUAUCACCAACCUCCGCACUGCCGCCGAUAUCGCGCUGAUCGUCCUCUCGAAGGAGAAGGGGGUGGAGGUCACCUGCGAUGUUUGUGUUGAGACUUUGUUCUUGGACCCGAAGGAGACAGGCGUUGAGCAGGCGGAUGUGAAUGCGUUGUGGGAGAAUCUGGAGCAUGUGGAUGUGUUCUCUGUUCUUGGCAGGGAGACGACCAAUGCGCUGCCGCGGUUGCUUUCGGCGGUUGCGGAUGGACGGCUCACCGUGGAUGAUAUCACGGCGAAGUUGUAUGAGAAUCCGAGCAGAAUCUUUGGUGUGCCGUCGCAGAAGGAUACUUACGUCGAGGUUGAGAUCCAAAGGAAGUUAGAGGUCGGCACCGGCGGUUUCGUCAGCCGCGUCGUGCUGCGCGGCGAGACCGUCUACCUCGAUGGGACAACGAUCGAGGGACCCGCCGGAAAGGAUAUCACCGGAUCCGUUCGCAUUGCUGCUGCUCCCAUUGUGCAGCGUGACAGCCGGAAGAUGUCGGUCAUGAUGGACCUGUUGCCCCGCAAGGAGACGGCGGCACUCCCUGUCCCCAAGAGCCCCAGCCGCGUGCGGUCGUCGGACGGGGAGAGCAAGAGGUCGUCGACUGAAGGAUUGGAUUCGGACGCUGCAUUGGACAAAACACCCAACAGGGAUUUGUUUGAUGCAGGAAAGGGAAAGAAGAGUGUUGGCGCAGACCUCAACCCAAGCAGCCAAUACAUCUCGGACUACCUGUCGAGCUCCGCCUCCGCAGCCGUCGCCAAGUCGCCUUUCUUCCGCAAACACAUCCUGUCCGUCAAGCAGUUCACCCGCCACGAUCUCCACAUGCUCUUUGGAGUCGCGCAGGAGAUGCGCACCCUCGUGGAGCGAUUCGGAACCGUCAAUUUGCUCGCCGGCAAGGUGAUGUGUUCGGCGUUCUGGGAGCCCAGCACGCGCACCAGCUGCUCCUUCACGGCUGCGUUCCAGAGGCUCGGCGGAUCCGUCGUCAGCAUGAACGAGGAAAACAGCUCGGUCAAGAAGGGAGAGUCGUUGGGUGACACUGUGCGGACGCUCAGCUGCUACGGAGACGUUAUUGUCAUGCGCCACCCUGCCCCCGGAAGUGCGCAAUUGGCGUCCACGUACGCGACCGUGCCCAUCCUCAAUGCGGGAGAUGGCGUCGGCGAGCACCCCACCCAGGCCUUCUUGGACACGUUCACGAUCCGUGAAGAGCUGGGAACCGUCAACGGCCUGACGGUGACGAUGGUGGGAGACUUGAAGAACGGCCGCACGGUGCACAGUCUGGUCCGUCUGCUCGCUCUCUACGACGUCAAGCUCAACUUUGUCUCCCCACCCACCCUCCGCAUGCCCGAGGAGAUCAAGGCGGAGGCCUCGAAAGCCAACCUCGUGUACAACGAGUACAACUCGAUCGAGGAAGUCAUCGCCACCACCGACGUCCUGUACGUGACGCGCAUCCAAAAGGAGCGAUUCGACUCGGUCGCCGAAUACGACGCCGUCGCGAACGCAUACGUGAUCACCAACAAGACUCUGCAGAGCGCGAAACGCAACAUGAUUGUCAUGCACCCGCUCCCACGCGUCGCUGAGAUCCACCCCGAGGUCGAUUUCGACCAAAGGGCUGCGUACUUUAGGCAGAUGCGGUAUGGCCUGUUUGUGAGGAUGGCGCUGUUGGCGCUGGUCUGUGGGAGGAGCAACAACUAGAGAGAUGGGGGCGCGGGGGAGGGAACGUUGGGACGGUAUACACAACACAGAGAGAGACGCAGGUCGGCGUUUUUUUUUUAGGUUCCCCAAGCUAGAAUUUUGUAGGAAAGGACUGAUAUUCUGACGACUUGUGAGGCUACACUGCUGCCGCCUAUGUAUUAUUUUUUUAUUCAUCUCACUGCAUCGGGUUCAAUACAUUUCUUUUUUGCACUGAGCUCUUUCUUUCUGCGUGGGGGUUCUUUCGUUGCCACUGUGUGGAGUGUUGGGUGUUGAGAUGGCAUGUGCGAAG